GAAUUGACAGAAAAUGAAUUGCGUCGUGAUUAUCAACGUUAUUAGGCAUUGGUAUCAUCGAACACAAUAUAAAUAAAACCCCCUAAUCUCUCUCCGUCUACUAAUAAUCCACAUUGGCGUGAUCCCUCCCUCCCUCUACUGCAAAUCGGAAACGAUGGCUGCCCUAUCAAAUUCCUUGAUUUUAUCACCCCCACCUGUAGGUUCCUCUAUGAAGUCGUUUGACCAAAGCACCAAAUUGUUGUUUGGUCAAAGUCUUGCGGGCAAUGUACAAUUACACACAGCUAAAAGGACACUUUCUGUUCAAGCCGUAUACAGUGAACGAUCGAGCAGUGGGAGUGCAUUUGUUGGUGGCUUUGUUCUUGGAGGGUUAAUUGUGGGCACACUUGGUUGUGUGUAUGCACCUCAGAUUAGCAAGACACUAGCUGGAGCUGAUAAAAAGGAAUUGCUCAGGAAGCUGCCUGCAUUCAUUUAUGAUGAGGAAAAGGCUUUGGAGAGAACGCGCAAAAAACUGACAGAAAAAAUAGCCCAGCUGAAUGACGCUAUUGACGAUGUAUCUUCUCAGCUGAAAUCAGACGAUGAGAAUUCAAACGAAAAUGGUGCCGUUGUUCCUGAAACGUCCCAGUCGGUUGCUUGAAAAGAUUUUGUGUCUUGAUCAUGAAAAAAAUAUAUUUAUUUUUCAAUAAUAUUGGACUUUGUUACCUUUUCUGUUGUGAUCUUGACUUUAAAAAUGUAUUUGAAGAUAUGAAUUUGUGGAUGCAAAUUGCCCUUUUUGUGACAUUGUUAUACAUGUUAUGUUUUUGAGUGUU